GGCCCCCCACCCACCGCCACGACGAACGGCGUUCGCCGACGAGCCGACCGUUGCGCGUUUUUUCGUUCGCCGAGCCCUAGCCCGCCGCCUCCGCCACCUCCACCGCCGAUCCCUCCCGAUCUCCCGACCCGCGGCCGCGGAAUCCGGGCCAGCCAUGAUCUUGGAGCAGUUCGACGAGGACGCGGCGGAGAAGGCCGGGGCGGCGACGGUGUCGCCGCCAUCGAACUUCGGGAUGGUGGACGCGGGGGUGUACCGGUCGGGGUUCCCCGACCCGGCCAACUUCGGCUUCCUCAGAAGCCUCGGGCUCCGAUCCGUCGUGUAUCUGUGCCCCGAGCCUUACCGGGAGGAGAACGCGGCGUUCUUGAAGGCGGAGGGGAUCCGCCUGUUCCAAUUUGGGAUUGAAGGGAACAAGGACCCUCACAUGUCCAUCCCUGUGGAUGCCAUCAUGGGGGCUCUUAGGGUCAUACUUGAUGUAAGGAACCACCCAGUCCUAAUCCAUUGCAAAAGAGGAAAGCACCGAACUGGAUGUCUUGUGGGCUGCUUCAGAAAGCUUCAGAAUUGGUGCCUCUCAUCUGUCUUUGAAGAGUACCAUCGAUAUGCUGCAGGAAAGUCACGGUUGGCAGAUCUGAGCUUUAUUGAAUCAUUUGAUGUCACCUGCAUGAGAGAUUGCCUGCUCAGGCUCAUUUACCACUACCAUGGCUGCCUUCAGAAAAGCAAGCGCCUCGUAUACAACGAGAGAUAACUAGUGUGGAAACUACCUCCUGUGUCAUGAGUCCUAGAUAGUAGUAUCGGUUGGAGUUGUAACACAAAAAACUUGAGUCACCAGGCAUCUGUCGAUUCUUUUAUAUGUCUUCAUGCCUUGGUUCUUGUUUUUCCUUACUCAUUGAGCCUGAUCCUAAAUUUCACCACCCCUGAUCGUAAAUGGUUAAUUUCAUCCCAAGCAAGUUUAUGAUUAUUGUGUUGUGUAUUUUUUUGUGUAGAAUACACCCUUAGCAACUAGUAUUAUUAUACUUCCAAAACUAGAUCCUUAGCAAUUACUUAAUCAUCUAGUCUCAUGUAUCUUUCUUGUGAUAAUC